AUGUCCGACCUACUACUACAAACCCGCGCGGUUCCCUCCCUCUAUAAUAAAUCUACGAAACCUCCUACAAAGUCAAAUACGAAAGCGAAAAGACCGCCUGUUUCUUCGGUGCCGGUCGUUAAUACCCUACAUAAAGCCAUCCGACAGGCGAACGAUACAUGGCAGUGGUGCAAAGAUGGCUUAACGGAAGAUCAACGCUUGAAGAUCAAGCAACUAGAGGAGAGGAAGCAUAAUUUGUGUCUGGGCAUGCAGAAUGCCGAGACUCAUGCUCAAUGGGAAGCUGCGGCGAAAGAACUCGACAGCCUCGAAGGCAACGAUGAAUGGAAGCGCGAUCCCUCGACAGGCGAUUAUAACCCCGAACUAAUCCAAGAACGACUCGACGCUCUCGACGAUGCCCGCACGAAAUGCGACGUUCAUACAAUGAUGCAUCUAAUCCGUACCGCUCUAUCCCGUGAUCUCGGCGGUAUGGAUAAUGUCGACCUCUACCGACACUCGUACUCAGGGACGAAACAUCUCAUCGAGCGAUACGUCGAGUCUACAAUAAAAACAAUCGACGCAGUGGUCACCCAAAGCCGACUCGAUCAGAGUAUCGAGAACCGCGACCUUCUUGAAGGCAUUCUCUUCGCCCGACAAAGCUACGGUCGCAGCGCAUUACUCCUAUCCGGGGGCGGCACCUUUGGCAUGUCGCAUAUUGGCGUUCUAAAGGCCCUCUUCGAAGCGAAAUUGCUGCCAAGGAUUAUUUCGGGCGCAAGCGCUGGGAGCAUCGUCUGCGCAGCAAUGUGCACACGAACCGACGAAGAAAUCCCACUUCUGAUCGAAGAGUUUCCUUACGGCGACCUUGCGGUUUUCGAGGAUCCGAGUGGUCAAGAUGGUGUUUGGAGUAAUCUGCGUAGGCUGUUGACGGAGGGGAGUUGGUCUGACAUCAAGCAUCUCACGCGGGUAAUGAGAGGAUUGAUGGGCGACAUGACCUUCCAAGAAGCCUACAAUCGCACACGUCGCAUUCUCAACAUUUGCGUCUCGACUGCUUCCAUGUACGAAUUACCACGGCUACUCAAUUACGUUACUGCGCCAAAUGUCAUGAUUUGGUCAGCUGUCGCUGCUUCGUGCUCUGUCCCCCUGGUCUUCAACGCUGCACCCUUGCUUGUCAAGGAUCCGAUUACAGGCGAGCAUCAGCCCUGGAACCCGACGCCUCAGAGAUGGAUAGAUGGGUCUGUGGAUAAUGAUUUGCCAAUGACUCGGUUGUCAGAAAUGUUCAACGUCAACCACUUUAUUGUGUCGCAAGUUAAUCCUCACGUUGUACCUUUUCUCGCAAAAGAUGAUCAUUUAUCGCCUGUCAGAAAGCCCGAACCGACUCAGCAGACAUCGGGUGAUCAGUAUGACUGGUUAUGGACCAUGACAUCGCUUGCGCGCGAUGAGGCCCUGCAUCGAUUACAUUUUCUAGCUGAGCUGGGUAUCAUGCCCAACCUCGCUACCAAAUUCCAAAGCGUCCUGAGUCAGAAAUACUCAGGCGAUAUCAAUAUCCUCCCCGAGAUGGGUUUAAAUGACUUGCCUCGCUUACUCCGCAAUCCCAGCCCCGAGUUCAUGAUGCGAGCCUGUCUAAUGGGCGAGCGCGCCACAUGGCCAAAAUUGAGCCGCGUCCGCGACCGUUGCGCCAUUGAAUUGGCGUUGGAUCGGGCUGUGCAUAGACUUCGCGCCCGAGUCGUCUUUUCAGAAAGCCAGCGUGAUCUUAGAAGAUUGAACGUUACUGCUGGAAACAUCCCGCUUAAGUUGCCUGUCAGGAUCAAAGAGGGACAGACCAUCAUUGAGCCGCCCUCUGAAGUCAAGAACCAGAAGCGUCAUCGUCGCAAGUCUGGAAGCAGUCUUCACGUUGCGCCCAGGCAUUGGCUUUUACUCGAUCCUAGCACGAUUACAGAUGAUGAGACGGAGCAAGAAGAACGGAUAGAGAUGGAAUCUCGUCGAAGAGCAGGAUCACCCGUCGCUCAACGCAAACCACCUCGUCUCAAGCGCGCUUCAAGAUCGCAAGUCCAUCUUCAUACCCGAGCUACGCUCUCGGCUGUCGUUGACGCAGAAGAAGCGAAUCCGACGUUUAACUUCUCCAAACCUAUUACGCCGCCUGUGAAGAGUCCGAAGGGUAGUGAGUCGCAGGCUGUGUCUGAUGGAUCAGGGCCUACGACGCCGGAGCCUGAGACAUUUGAUGUUCAUGUGACGAGUAAAGCGCUUGGUGGAGCUGCUGCAAGGGCGGGAUGGAUACUCUGGGAUUAG